GUGACGUCACCGCCGCUCCGCCGCAGCCCCAGCGCAGACGGAGGCGCCCGGUCCCGGUGCCGCCCGGUCCCGCCGCGAUGCCCUCGGACCGGCCCUUCAAGCAGCGCCGCACCUUCGCGGAUCGUUGUAAAGAAGUGCAGCAGAUCCGAGAGCAGCAUCCAAACAAGAUCCCAGUCAUCAUUGAACGCUACAAAGGGGAGAAACAGCUGCCAGUGCUGGAUAAGACCAAGUUCCUUGUCCCAGACCAUGUCAACAUGAGUGAAUUGGUCAAAAUAAUCCGGCGCCGCUUGCAGCUGAACCCCACCCAGGCCUUCUUCCUGCUGGUGAACCAGCACAGCAUGGUCAGCGUGUCCACCCCCAUCUCGGAGAUCUACGAGCAGGAGAAGGACGAGGAUGGCUUCCUCUACAUGGUCUAUGCUUCCCAGGAGACAUUUGGCUUCUGAGGGCUGCUGAGAGUUGGCAUGUGGAGACAGAUGAACUGUGGCACAGAGGCCCCUGGCCUCGGAGGACAACACAGCCAGAGGCUCACGAGAGGGGGGCUGUGCUGACCCUCUCCUCUCCCUCCCUCCCUCCCUCCCUCCCUCCCUGUCACCAAAGCGGCUCGUGGCGCGUGUUGGACUCGCACACCCCUCCCCCUGUGUAGGUCAGUCCCGCUCCCCCAGGCGCCCGCCCAGGUGUGUGACACCCCCAGCCAGCCCUGCAGACCCUGCUGGGGCCUGUCCCUCUGUCCCCGUGUCCCUCUGUCCCCGCGCUGCUCUCGCUGUGCUGUGUGUGCUCUGCUGCUGCCAGACCCGCUGGGCCGCUGUCACCCAGCACAGGGAGAGGCACCUCUCCCCAGGCACUCACAAAGGGCAGGAGGUCUGCAGAAGCAGCUAACAGAUGUUACCAUUGCUCCCAGUUUUAAUUGAUUUUAAUUACACCCAUAUCAGAUUCUUGGUGCUACUGAGUAGAUGUAGGCGUCUCUAUAGGACUGUGGAUAAUGUAUAUCCUUUAGAUUUAUUUUAUUGGUUUGUUUGUUUGGGUUUGUUUGUUUGUUUGUUUUUUAGGGAUAGAUUGGAAUGGGGAGAGGGGGAAACUUUCCUGUAUUCUGUAGGUAAAUAAAUCAGGCUUCAUUGCACUUUAAAGCA